AGGGCGCAUACUCGCCGCGCCACCUCUGUGGUGUAAUAUUACACUUGCCGCCUCACCGUCCAUCAUUCUUUUUGCGGUCGGCUAACAGCUCGCGACUCUGACCGUAGCGCGUGAGACAGUGACAACCAUGAACCACGUUCCGUCACCCACCAGUGCCUCUCCUACUGGAGUGGCCUCCAAGAAGGAAGACCACAUCAAGCGCCCCAUGAACGCCUUCAUGGUGUGGUCCCGCAUGCAACGACGCAAGAUUGCACAAGAAAAUCCCAAGAUGCACAACUCUGAAAUCUCCAAACGAUUAGGUUCUGAGUGGAAGCUGCUCACAGAGGCAGAGAAACGUCCCUUCAUCGACGAGGCCAAACGACUCCGCGCCCAGCACAUGAAGGAACACCCCGACUACAAGUAUCGUCCCCGCAGGAAGCCCAAGACUCUUCAGAAGAACGGCUACAGCUUCCCACUUCCUUACUUGGCAACUUCAGCGCUGGACCCACUCGGGCCGCUCCACCAGACCUACUACUCGACGCCCGCCGUGCCCUCCCCGCUGGACGUUGCGGGGGACAAGUCUCGGCUCUUCCCCGGCGCUGGUUUCACUCACCACUUCUACCACGGCUUUGACCCGCAACACUUCAGUAAGUUGGCCGCCGCUCAGGACCACUACAAACCAAUGACCUCUUUGGCUUGCAACGACUCCGCCGCUGCCGCCGCCGCCGCCAGCGUCUCCGCCGCCUCCAUGGGCGGCAUGUCAACAGUUUCAGCCUUGUACUCAUCGCUGUACUCCAAGUCCGCAUCAUCCCUGCUGUCUGGUAUGUCAGCGGGCUUAACCGGCGGGCAGCAAGCGCCGCAGACACAGCUCUACCCUGGAUACCCACCCACCGUCGACCAGCUCCGCCGACCUGUGUCGGUCAUCUUCUGAGACGACCAGCCACCGCGACCCGAGACACCGUAAUGUACAGAAGGCCGCCAAGUGUACAUAGUGUACAGUACAGUAGUGAAGAGUGGACACGAUACACCCCGACCCUGCUGGGUUUAGUAAACUGUGUGUGGAGACAAACUCCGGGUGUAGUGUGAGAGCCUGGGUGUAUGGCGGCCUAUGUCGUGUCGUGGUGGUGUCAUGCCAGGCAAGGUACCAUAACAAGUCAGGUGUGGUGCCAGGUGUAGUGCCUGGUGUACUGCCAUGUAUUGUGUGUCAGUAGGUCGUGCGUGGCCUGUCUUGUGGCAAUGUAAGUACUCUUAUAGAGUUUCUGUUUCAUGAAAUUAUUCCGUAAAGUGAAUUAUUUACCAUGAAGUGUGACUUACAUUGCUCCCGGACCCGAUGUUAAAUUAACCAAGUGUACAAGUGCGUCUAGACUAGUCUUUUGAAGCUCAUCUAUGGAAUAUAUUUAACUUUUUGUUGUUUUAUGUUGAAUUAUAUGUGUCAACGUACUUUUGUACUAUGUACAUAACAGAUGGCUGAUGUUAAUAAUAAUUAUAAUAUUAAUAAUAAUAAUCGGUACAAGAAUUA